AUGGCAAUUCGCGAUCAUUUCCAUGUGCUUGCCAAUCCGAAUUUGAUCGUGGACAGAGGCCGCUACAAGUGUUGCUGUGGUUUGCUUUCAAUAAAGGUAGCUGCCUUGCUCUUUUUUAUCGCCGAACUGUUCGUUCUUGGCGCCGCUUUAUCGAAUGCUUUAAUGCUCAAGAAGGCUUUUUGCUGGUCCUAUUUUACUGCAAUGAUGGUGCUUGUCGGAUGUAUGCUGGCCACGCUUUUGGGAAACCACAUGACCGGCAAAAUCGUUGUAUACUUGCUUCCUCUUCUGAACGGAAUAAGCAUCACUUUUUGUCUGGCCGGAAUCUUGCAUUUCAAAGGAAUGCUUGCGGGUUGUUUUUAUGUUGGAGCCAACUUUGCAUUUUUGGAAAACACCAUGGAAGACAGCGAGAAGGGCAACGUACUCAUUGGUGCACUGAUCAUCGCUAUUCCAUUUUACAUCUGGGAAUACUUGGUGUAUUGCCUUUUGUACAUCUACUACAAGGAGAAGGCUGAUCGUGUGGGCUUGGAACUUGGCAAGGUGAAAGUCACCAAGGCUCAGCAAACUAGUUCUGUCAUGGGUGAUUCAUUGGUUGCUAUUCCUGUCAAACACAUCGGUGUUCAACGUGUAUCGGGGGAACGAGUGAACGUGAAUGUGGAAGAUGAUCCCUCAUAUAAA